AUGUCAGACGCGGUAUCAACCAUUGCCGUCAUCGCCGGUGCCUAUCUCAUCGGCUCCGUCCCGUCGGCGUACGUGAUCGGACGGUUGGUCGCCGGCAUCGACAUUCGUAAAUAUGGCAGCGGCAACGUCGGCGCGUCCAAUGUCUCCGUCCACGUCGGCAAGAAAUGGGUCGCUCCGAUAGCCCUAUUCGAUGUUUUCGUUAAAGGAUUACUGCCUGUUUACAUCGGCGGAGAAGCCGUCUUGGAUCUCGGUGCAGCUACCCAAACGAUCGCUGGGUUGGCCGCUAUGUGUGGACACAAUUGGUCGAUUUUUCUACUGUUCUCUGGUGGUCGUGGAAUCUCGGUCGGACUCGGUUCGAUCGUCGGUUUCGGGGUCCCGCUUUUCAUCCUUUGGGCAGCUAUCCCCGGGAUUUUGUUCUCCCUCACCCCGUGGCGCGACUCCGCGGUCGGAUGGCUGAUUGCUACGUUGCUGCUCCCGAUCUGGGCGUUGUGGGCGGGUUAUGGUCUAUGGGUGGCCAUCUACGGGAUCGGUUUCGCCUUGAUAACAAUAAUCCGGCGGACUACAUCCGGUGGAUUCAAAGAAUCGUUGUUAAGUUAUGGAGAGUUGACGCCCGCGAGAUUGAUUUGGAACCGAAUGGUGUUCGACCGUGAUAUCGCAUCACGCGAUCUUUGGGUUCACAACCGACCUAGCGAAAACACUUAG